UAUUUUACCCUGAUUCUCUUUUUUCUCCUACUGCCGCUCUCUCCUUAUAAAGCCGCCACAGCCUCCUCCUCCUUGCUCUCCACACCAAACCCAAACGGCGAAACCCCCAAACCCAAACGGCCAAACCCAAUCUCAUUCAUUCAUUCAUCCCUCCUCCACCACUGUCUGGUUCCUCCGGUACUCAUUCAGAGAGCCAGCCACUUUCAAUUUAGUCACACAGCAAUGAAGUACGUGUUGGUCACCGGAGGAGUCGUCAGUGGUUUGGGCAAAGGUGUCACCGCCAGCAGUGUCGGUCUUCUCCUCAAGGCUUGCGGUCUUCGCGUUACUUCCAUCAAGAUUGAUCCUUAUUUAAAUAGUGAUGCUGGAACCAUGUCUCCCUUUGAACACGGAGAAGUAUUUGUUCUAGAUGAUGGUGGUGAGGUGGAUCUGGACCUUGGAAACUAUGAGCGGUUUCUGGAUAUAAAAUUGACACGAGAUAAUAAUAUAACUAGUGGGAAAAUAUACCAGUCUGUUUUUGACAAGGAGAGAAGGGGAGAUUAUCUGGGACGAACAGUUCAGGUUGUACCUCACAUAACUGAUGCCAUUCAAGAAUGGAUUGAACGUGUUGCAUCUAUACCGGUAGAUGGAAAAGAGGGUCCAGCUGAUGUUUGUGUCAUAGAAUUGGGUGGCACUAUUGGGGAUAUUGAAUCAUUGCACUUCAUUGAGGCACUCGGACAGUUCUCAUACCGUGUUGGUGCUGAAAAUUUUUGCUUGAUACAUGUCAGCUUGGUGCCUGUUCUAAAUGUCGUCGGUGAGCAGAAAACAAAGCCAACUCAACACAGUGUUAGGGGACUAAGAAGCUUGGGUCUAACUCCAAAUAUUUUAGCCUGCCGCAGCACCAAGGAACUUGAUGUAAAUGUCAUGGAAAAGCUUUCUCGUUUUUGCCAUGUUCCGAUAGAGUACAUUAUCACGCUCUAUGACGUUUCCAACAUCUGGCGUGUACCUUUACUUUUGAGAGAUCAGAAGGCCCAUGACGCAAUUUUGAAGGUCCUGAACCUAAAUGGUAAGACUAGAGAACCUGUACUGGAGGAAUGGACAUCAAGGGCAGAUCUCUGCGACAUGUUGAACAAGCCUGUUAGGAUUGCUAUGGUCGGAAAAUACACUGGACUUGCAGAUUCAUAUCUCUCUGUGCUGAAGGCUCUUUUGCAUGCUUCUGUUGCUUGUCAUAGGCAAUUGUGCAUAGAUUGGGUUCCAGCCAGUGAUCUUGAAGAUGCAACGGCGCAAGAGAAGUCAGAAUCUUAUGAAAAUGCUUGGAAAUUGUUGAAGGGGGCAGAUGCCAUACUAGUUCCUGGAGGUUUUGGUGACAGAGGAGUGGAGGGUAAAAUUCUGGCUGCAAAGUAUGCCCGUGAAAACAGGAUCCCAUAUCUUGGGAUAUGCCUGGGAAUGCAAAUUGCUGUCAUUGAGUUUGCUCGAUCUGUCCUUGGACUUAGCAAUGCAAACAGCACAGAAUUUGAUCCAAAUACUCAAAACCCCUGCGUUAUUUUCAUGCCAGAGGGUUCAACAACCCAUAUGGGAGGAACUAUGCGUCUCGGAUCAAGGAGGACAUAUUUUCAGGGUACUUCAAGUAAAUCUGCAAAGCUAUAUGGUAAUUUGAGUUUUAUUGAUGAGAGACAUCGGCACAGAUAUGAGGUAAAUCCUGAUAUGGUUCAGCGACUUGAAGAUGCCGGCCUCUCUUUUACUGGCAAAGAUGAAAGUGGUCGUCGGAUGGAGAUUGUUGAGGUGUCUAAUCAUCCUUACUUUGUUGGCGUUCAAUUUCACCCUGAGUUCAAAUCAAGACCAGGAAAGCCUUCUGCUCUGUUCUUAGGACUUGUAGCCGCAGCUACUGGGCAACUGGAUGCUGUUUUGAAGAAAAGUGCAGCAAAAACAUGUAGUAUGAGCAAUGGUUCCUCACCAGUAAAGGCACAUAUAUAUGAGAAUGCAACUAAGUUAGCUAAUGGGUCUUUAGACGGCAUUUACUGCAAUGGGAAUAGUUUACAUGUUUAAAUGAAUGAUGUUGAUUUCCGAGCAUCUCAUCAUUAAUGAGUAUUAUUAUUAUUAUAGGCUCAUUCUAUAGUAUCUUAUUAGUCGAUGGGGUGCAGCCCAAAUCCGGUCUUUUAAACGGAAAAGUUGUAGUUGUAGCAUGAUGCCGUGGAAUAGAACAGCUGCUGGUGCUUGUUAGUGUUUUUUUUCUUUCCUGAUUUUUGUUUUCGGGUUUUAUUAUGGAUCUUGCG